AUGGCAUUCAGCUUUGGUUUCGCGGGAGAUGACAUCGAUAUGGAUGAUACUGAUGUCAAUGAUACCCAAGAUGUGUUUGUUCCUACUGGUAUCAACAACUCGCUGCCUGAGUUGGUGAAGCCCUGUAAACAUAAUUUGGAGGAAUGGCUCUCAAUUCUUCCAUCGCAAAUAUUCUACAACCAGCUUGCAAUUAAUGGCACACCCAUUGUCAUUGCGCGUCGAGAAAUCAUCGACAUUCGCACACAGCUGAUGGCGGAAGAUACCGCAGAUCAUGAGAAUGAAGAGCUGAUCGCCGGCCUAGAAAAGGGUGAUCUCAAGCCUAAUUUCUAUGAAGGUGGUUUCAAGACCUGGGAAUGUUCUUUAGAUCUUGCGAAGCUGAUUGCCAAUGAGACAUCAAUCAUUGAGUCAUUGGAUGAUUCACAGACAAACGUUCAUAUCAUCGAGCUUGGUUCGGGUACAGCGGUACCCUCAUUGACUCUAUUCGCUCAUGUCCUGAGCAAAACAGAGUCUUCGGAGGGAGCUGCUCCACAACGAAAGAUCCUGUUCACCUGUGCGGACUACAAUGAUGCCGUCCUGCGCCUGGUCACGCUACCAAAUCUUCUGUUGACGUGGCACCAUAUCCGCCAACAGUCUUCUGCGGUGGUGCCAGACCAAGAACCCACCCCGGUGCAACCGGAAGAGGAACUUGACAUUACGCCUGAACUGAUCAAUGAAUUCAAGGAUGACCUCACUCGGCGCGGAAUUGUCCUCAACUUCAUCUCGGGCGCUUGGUCCCCUGAGUUUGUUGGUAUGGUUUUCGAAGCAUGUGAGUCCCAAGAGUUCAAGACGGUGCUGCUUGCCAGUGAGACUAUCUACUCGCCAGCGUCGUUGAAGGCUUUCUCCGAGACACUUCUUGAAUUAUUGCGCCGCUCGAGCACGUCUUCUGCGAAGAGCCGUGCGAUGAUUGCAGCUAAGAAGGUUUAUUUCGGUGUCGGAGGUGGUGUAGAUGAGUUCCUUGCGGUGCUCAAGGAUGUCUCUGCAAGCGGACUAGCAGUUGAACAGAGGCUGGAUGUGCAGUCGGAAGGUGUCGGCAGAGUGGUCUUAGAGGUCACACCUGCCAAUUGA